AGUACUGGUGCAUCAUCAUUAUUAUUAUUCUGUGCUAACAUUUAAACUUGUGUAAUAUUUCUAUUUGCUUUCACCUGUUUUUAGGAACUUGUUUAAUCUGCAUUGGAAUCAGACAGGACGCUGCCAUGAACCAGACAGGCUGCCCUGAGGUCAAGGUCCCGUUUCCCGUCUUCUUCACUGUCGGAAUCGUCAGCCUGGCUGAGAACCUGCUGGUCGUGGUGGCGGUGAUGCGCAGCAGGAACCUCCACUCACCCAUGUACUGCUUCAUGUGCAGCUUGGCUGCCUUCAACACCAUCGCCAGUGUGACAAAAACAUGGGAAAACCUGAUGAUAGUUCUCGCUGAUGCGGGACACCUGGAGAGGAGGGGUCCUCCCGAGACUGACCUGGACGACGUGAUGGACUCCCUGCUCUGCAUGUCGUUUGUAGGCUCCAUAUCCAGUUUCCUGGCCAUUGCUGUUGACCGUUACAUCACCAUCUUCCAUGCGCUACGUUACCACAACAUCAUGACCAUGCAGCGAACUGCAGCCAUCCUGGGGCUCAUCUGGACAUCAUGUGCAGUUCUGGCCGUGCUAAUGGUGAAGUUCUUCAACUUUCAGUUCAUCGUGAUCUGCUUCAUCGUCUUCUUCGUCGUCUCCCUGGCAGCCAUCUGCUUCCUCUACGUCUACAUGUUCAUGAUGGCCCGCAUUCAUGCCAAGAGCAUCGCAGCGCUACCUGGUGGCGGCAGGGACAAGUCACAGCAUCAGCGGAGGUGGGGCAGCAACAUGAGAGGCGCUCUCACUCUCACCAUCCUGUUUGGGGCGUUUGUGGUGUGUUGGGCGCCGUUUUUUGUCCACCUGGUCAUCAUCACAGUUUGCCCUAUGAAUCCAUACUGUGAAUGCUACCGGUCCUUGUUCGAGCUGCAUGUGGUGCUGAUGAUGAGCCACGCCCUCAUAGACCCGGCUAUCUACGCUUUCCGCAUGGCUGAGCUGCGGCACACCUUCAGAAAGAUGCUGUUUUGCUCAGGCUGGAAAUUUUGCUUGUGACAGAAAUGUAUCUAAAGUUUUUAGCUACUAAACAUUUUUCAUCCACAGAUCAAAAAUAGGUUCCUGAUGACUGUGCAACGUUAAACCUGCUCCCCCAAAAGUUCAUAACUCCCCUUUGUGCUAAUGAUCAUUUUUGUCUUUGAGUCAUUGAUUGGCAGGCGUUAGGACACUGUGUGGUUCCUGUGAUAUGUGUCACCAAGCAGCUGAGGCUAGCAGAGGGUAUGAACCUACAUCACUCUUGUUUGCAUUGCUACUUGGACAUUUGGUCAAUGGACUUUGAGCCUACAAACCACAUGUUUGAACUUUUCAUUUGUUGUCCUGCUGGUCUCAGUGGGGAUCCCUAUGACCUGAAAGCGAUUCCAUUGUUAGCAUCUUACUCUUUAAAGCAGCAGCAGCAGCUAAUGAAUAUAAAAAUGUUCUUUAUCUAAAUGUCUCCAGGUGCAGUGCAACAUGAGACAGAUCAUCUGUGAAAGAAAUCCACCUCCACCCAGUGAUCCUGCUGCUGUCUGCAGAAAUGCAUUGCUGGCCACUGGUCAGAAGCAACCAAUCAGAGCCUGGAGGAGGGUUUCAGUGCUGUAAAUCAUGCUUGUGUAUGCACUGUUGUAGAUUAAGAGUGGAGAAACAACUUAUGGCUGUUCAUGCUAGCUAGGCUGAGCAUUCAGGACAGGCUCUUCGGUGGGGCAGAAAGCAAGGAGGAAUGGUGAACAUGAGCAUGACUGACGGUGCUAAGACUCUCUUCCUGGCUCUGAUUGGGAGUUUCUGACCAAUAGUGGCGUAUUUCUGCAGAUGGCAAUAGGAGAUUGUCAUGCCCGUCACGACAUUCUGACACUUUUAACAAACGUCUAAAACAUGUUGUUCAUAAACGUUUCCUACUGCAGAAUUUGCCCACAUCAACCUCUUACCACAUAAAUAUUAUCUUGAAGUUUUAUGAUCAAAAGAUUGUUAAGAUAUCUGUUAGUUUACUAUUAUGUAAUCUUGUUUCUAUUUCUAAGUGAAAGUUAAAAAAUUCAGAAAUGAAUUACAACACCCCACACGUAGCUUCUGAUGAGUCAGAACUUUAAAUCUUGGGUUAGAUUCUGAACGUUGAAAGCGAGUCCGCCUCUUUAUCCCGGGGAUGAUCACAUGCUGUGAACCUUAAACGAUAAACGGCUCCAAUCAGCAGCAGAUCAGUUUAUCUACAGCUAUUUUCCCCCCUUUAUUCCUCUCUGCGGUUAAGGUGGAGAAAAAUAAUGGAUUUCAUAUCUGAAAUUGAAAUUUUUAUCUCUAACUGGAUUAUGAGACUUGAUGAUGUAUUUUUUUCUUGCCAGCUAUGCUUCAAUCUCCUAACGACCACUUUCAGGCUGUUUGGCUGAGUUCUAACUUUCUUUUCUAGAGUAAUCUAAAGUGAGAAAUCAUCCAGAAAUCCACCAACAUGGAUCAUAUAAACCAGCCUCUGUUUUUUUUUUUUUUUUUUUUUUACAAAACAACCAUAAAUGUAGAUUAAAGCUGAACUGAGAAAUGGGAUGGUUAGCACCCAACACAACAUGAUCCACAGUUUGGCGCUCUAAUUUUGGUUAUAAUCUGCUGUUCUGGUGUGAUAACCAAACAGAUCAAUGAGUUAAUUUCAUUGAUCUGUCUGGUUUAGACCAAAAUCUCUUUAUUCAGCUUAUUUAUUUGUCUUUUCAGUUCUUAUUCAGUCAGACAUUUCUCUUUAAACAG